CUUUGCUAUUGUCCUGGUUUGCUUAUUCUUACUCUCUCUCCAAACUAUGUCCCAAUCUGUAGAAAUAACUUAUGGUUGCAACCAAAACUCCACCACUUUCAAUAAUUCUACCGCUUAUCGAUCAAACCUAGAAACUGUCCUCUCUACUCUUCGCGACCGUUCCUUCCUCGGAAGCUAUGCCAACACCACGGCCGGUCGUAGCCCAAACACAAUCUAUGGCAUGUUCCUAUGCAGAGGAGACAUCAGUAGAUCAUCUUGUUCACUCUGUGUCCAAUCCGCAACGUCAAACGUCGCUGAUACUUGCAAUUCUGAUAUAGGAAAUUUCAUAUUCUAUGAUGAAUGUAUAGUUCGUUACUCAAACUUUUCUUUCUUCACGCUCUUCGAGGAUGGACUUGGCUUCGGUAGAUAUUCUAUGCUCAGUUCUUCAGAAUAUCCUGAAAUUUUCAACCAAACACUUAGUGGAAAACUAAACGAGCUCAUCGUCAGAGCCUCCUCCUCUUCAUCAUCACCGAUUCCAUAUUUUGUGGAAGCUCAAGAACAUGUGACUCAAUUGGAAAGUUCCUAUGAUUUAAAGGCAAUCGUCCAGUGCAGUCCUGAUCUUGAUCCACGAAACUGCACCCUGUGCUUGAGACUUGCAGUCCAAUAUUUAUCUGGAUGUUGCGGCCAAGCUCGUGUGACAUCGGCUAAUAUAUUAUUUCCCAAAUGUCUUCUCAAGUAUAACAUCUCGGCUUUGCAACCGAGUCUUGGCGUUAUAAAUGGAAACAAAAUUUUAGGGAGGUCGUUUAUUGCGAUUAUGACUGCUUUGGUGUUAGCACCAAUGAGAUUAUGAUCAGAUAUAAUGAUGUUUAAGUAUUGUGACUAAUGAUUUAUCUUUGUGUUCUCUUGAUUUGAGU